AUUUCGCUUGAUCAUUCUUUGUAGCCAGGAUUUUAACAGGGGCAAGUCCCACCUAAAAAUCAGAUUUCUAGCUUUUCUUGGAAAAUUCAGAUCUGCCACCUGGCAGAAUCUCCUGGCGCCAGCCAGCUGGGGCUGCGCAUCAGUGGUCCACACCUGCUGCCUUGUGCCAGCCUCACUCAGGCAUGUGACCUGCAUACCCUGCAGGAGCUCAGCAGGCACAAAAACCAGGGGCACAGUCGGGGCCAGGACCUAGGGCCGAGAGGAUGCCCAGAGGUGCCCCAAGGCCCACCCUGAGCCAGCAGCCCCUGGCAGCCGAGAGCCCCAGGGAGAAUUGUGCCCAACUGAUUUCUGUUCUCUUCCGUCUCCCUGGCCCCAGACCAGUGCUGUGGACAUCUUCUCUGCGGGCUGUGUGUUCUACUAUGUGCUUUCCAGGGGCGGCCACCCCUUUGGAGACAGCCUCUGUCGCCAGGCCAACAUCCUCCUAGGCACCCCCCAUCUGGCUCACCUGGAGGAAGACACCCACGACAAGGUGGUGGCCCGGGACCUGGUUGAAGCCAUGUUGAGCACGCUGCCACAGGCCCGGCCCUCUGCCCUCCAGGUGCUGGCCCACCCGCUCUUCUGGAGCACAGCCAAGCAGCUCCAAUUCUUCCAGGAUGUCAGCGACUGGCUGGAGAAGGAGUCGGAGCAGGGGGCCCUGGUGAGGGCGCUGGAGGCAGGGGGCGACAAGGUGGUCCGGGACAACUGGCACCAGCACAUCUCCAUGCCGCUGCAGACAGACCUACGAAAGUUCCGGUCGUACAGGGGGACAUCAGUGAGAGACUUGCUUCGUGCCAUGCGGAACAAGAAGCACCACUACAGGGAGCUUCCGGCCACCGUGCGGAGGGCGCUGGGCCCCAUGCCGGACAGCUUUGUGGGGUACUUCACCAGCCGCUUCCCAAGGCUGCUUCUCCACACGCACCGCACCAUGAGGAGCUGCGCCUCCGAGGGCCUCUUCUCAUCCUACUACUCGCCAGCCUCCAAGGCCAUGGACCUCUGUCAGGCGGCCAGGCCUGUGGCCAAGGAUGGCCCGUUGUGAGGAAGACAGGAAGGGCCAGGCAGGCCCAGAGGCCCCGGCACCCUCAGGGAACAUGCGAAGAAAAGAAGAUUUACAUGUGUUUAAUGUGCAUAAAGCUAGGCAAGAACAGUCCUGGA